UAUGAUCCCAUAAGUUGGCACUUCCGAAAACGAAGUAUUCAUGAACGAAGGCAUUCCAAAGUAUUUGAUGAAGAUCUCCUCCACUUAUUUCUAAUAAACUGAUAAACCAUUUGAAAUUCUAUCUACAUCUCCUCGUAAAUCAAAUGAUGCUGAAAUGAAAUGUUUGAUUUGUUUUGAGAAUGAGAGUGGAUAUGUACUAAUGAAUUGUGGACAUGGUAAAAAUAUAUAAAAAGUAUAUAUAUAGGUGGUUUAUGUCUGAAAUGUGCAUCUAAUCUUCUCUUGAAGAAUAAAGAAUGCUAUUUAUGUCGAUAACCAAUAAUGAAAGUAUUCUAAAUUUAAAAGAACAAUUUUAACUUUGUUGAAGUCAUAGGAAUAAUUGAAACAUAAUGA